CAGCAGAUGAGAGAUGACCUGGAGAAAGAGAGGGAGGAUCUGGACCUGGACAGGAGCUCUCUGCCACGUCCUCUGAGCAGCCGCAGCUUCCCCCGGAGCUUGGACGACUCUGAGGAGGAUGAGGAUGAGGACAGCGGGCACAGCUCCAGGAGGAGGGGCAGCAGCUCUAGUGGGGUUUCCUAUGAAGAGUUCCAAGUGCUGAUGAGGCGGGUGGAUCGCAUGGAGCAUUCCAUCGGCAGCAUCGUCUCCAAGAUCGAUGCUGUCAUCGUGAAGCUGGAAGCCAUGGAGAGGGCCAAGCUGAAAAGGAGAGAUGUCUUGGGAAGGCUGUUAGAUGGAGUGACAGAGGAUGAGAGGCUGGGCCGGGACAGCGAGGCGCACCGGGAGCAGAUGGAGCGGCUGGUGCGGGAGGAGCUGGAGCGCUGGGAGUCGGACGACACGGCCUCGCAGAUGAGCCACCGGCUGGGAACGCCCCUGGGGCUGGGCGGGCAGCCCCGCUCCAGGAGCUCCAGGCCGCCCUCCUCCCAGUCCGAUGGCCUGGAUGCAGCAGCAGCAAACGGGGGCAGCAACGUCCAUGGGUAGUUUGUAGGGGGGGAUUCCAGACGUUUCGGGUCUGGAUUGGAGAAGAUGAAGAACUGGACGCUGCACGUUUCGGUAUGAAGCAAGCAAAUGCCACUUUAUUGCUCUCUUCUAAGCCUAAUAUACAAUUUCUCUCCCCCUGCACGUGUCACACAACUUAUCAUCGGCAGAGGCCUUCUUGCACGAGGCAAACAUUUUUUUGUUAGACUUGUCUACUUUUCACGGGCUUCAGAGUUCCUUGGCAUGCCCCUAUCACCUUAAGCUUGUCUCACCCCUUGUUUUCUUGUUAGGCUGCAGCUGUUCUUCUUCUUAUCUCUUUUUCAAGGGCAAACCUACAGGCCUGGCUCAGGCUCAUAAAAGCAUUCAUAUCCCUUUCCUGGCUUGUUCAUUACAUAUCUGUAUCACUACAUUGUUCACUACAUGUCCGUUUUUCCCUCAAAACAUUCCCAUAAGUAUUCAGCCAGCAAAUCCCUCAGUGUGAUGGGAUCAUUCUGAUCUGACCACUGGGGACAUCUUUCACUGGUAGGGAAAAAAGUCAAUAUUCACUCCAGAAAUCAUUUUCAGGCCUUUGUAAGCCAUGUGUAAUGCCACCAGUGAGAGUGUCACCCUUAGAAACUGAAAUGCAGGAAACUGAAUGGAAAUCAGGUGGGACAAAAUCCACCAGGACAGAAAUCUGAUUCUGUAAAAAUGUCAUUGGGAGCACUUGCACGAGGGCAGCAAGCUUCAGACAAAAUAGUGUGCAGUGGCUGGUACACUAAAAGGCUAUUAAUUUUCUGUUUUGUUUUGGAAAGUGCAACUUUUAAAGGCAUUUAAAAGCAAAUUGUUAAAUAAUGUUGUAUCAGACUGUCUUAUUCAUUUUAACAGCUGUCAGAUAAAACAGCACUUUUUAAAAAAUUAUGAGUUUCUACUUGUCCUUCUGAGUUUUCUUGGUAUACUAUUGUUUUACUUAAUUUAAAAUAUUCUUUUUUUUUCCUGUUUUGAGAGGUACAUUUCUUUAAGCAGAUGAAAGUGCACUUAGUUUGUACAACUGUAAAUUACAUCAUUCUCUGGUAGAAACUGAAUGCAUUAAAAUCAUCAUUUCAGAAGAAAUAUUUGAGAACUGCCUCGUCACACCCAACUAGCAUAGUAAUUUUCAGCUAUAUUGCAAAGUGCCCAUUUUUUAAUGUGUUUUUAUGAUUUAAGUGUUUCUGGGAUAAACAUUCCAGAGGUUCUUAGAUAAAUACAGCUACUUUACAAAAAAUACAUUAUUUAAAAGCACACAAAAUAGAAAAACACUAAGUUUUCCUUGGGUGUGACAGGGAAAGGGGUAGGGAAGUUUCUGACAGUUGGGAAAAUCUGAUCUUGUGCCAUGUGAAGUUCUAAUCACAUCUCAACUAUGUGGUCUGUAUUUACAUUUAACUGAACUGCUUGUAAAAUUAUUAGGUACAUUUCUACAUAGACUUUUCUGCUGUUGGUGCCUUCUGUUUCAACAAGCAGUUCUCUUUUCAUUCUUGUGGGAAUGCUGCUUAGGCAAAGCUUCCAUGUCCCAUGUAUUCUUGCAAUGGCAUUUUCUGGAUGAGCAGUGGCUCUGAGUGCCUUUCCUCUAACCAGGGAACUAAAUAGAUUUCACGCCUUUCCACUUUUAAUUUUGUGAGAAACCAUACGCACAGGAACCUUAUUAAUGUAAGGUGGCAGAGGAGGAAAUUC